CUUGAUAUAUUCUUACCAAUUCCAGGUGUGGUUGGUGGAGCAUUGUAUAACCAAACAGGUGGAGGAAGUAAUCUCUUAUGUCUACCAAACGAUCCUAUUUGGGCCAAUUAUACAACAGAAGCUGAAAAAGGUGGUUACAUAUAUGGCAGUGAAUAUCAACUAAAUUUUUACAAAACUAACAAACUCUUUUCUUUUGCUAACGCUAAAUCAGUUCAAAAUCACAACGUUCCAUGCGCUGUCUGUUUGACGCGACAGCCUGCUGUUGUUAUGAUGUUACCAGCCAGGACAGAGUGUUAUCCUGGUUGGUCAACUGAGUAUUCAGGAUAUUUGAUGACCGAGUAUUACGAUCAUAAGGGCAGACAUGAAUAUGUGUGUGUGGAUCAUGCACCAGAAGCUGAUCCAGCAGGUUACAGAAACGAAAAUGGA